CUGACCUAUCGAUUUGGUGUGACAAUCUUCGUCCCAGGUACCUCUGAGCCUGCCCAUUGGGGAUUCGUCAUCUAUCAGCCACCGAGCACGAUGGGUGAUCUUCUACAUGUUAGGGUCAUUGACGAAAGCCUCAACUUAUUCCAAUUCGAGCCUCGGAUUCCACACCUGCUGGCGUCGCAAAAUGCGUGGGGCGUGUGCAAAAUCAGAGACCUUACUAGGGAAGAGUACACCAAGGUGGCACGGAUCUUGGAGUCCGAGGUACCGCCACCAAGGGGCGGGGCGAAGAACUGUCAGGAUUGGGUGAUAGAUGGAUUGGUCGCAUUGGAGGUAGAGGAGCUGGUCUCGGAGGGAACGACUCAGACUUGGUCAUCGAGAGUUGGCAAGGCAACGCUGGUCAUCAAGAACGAGGUUAGUGGCGACUGGUUGUCUUUGAAUGGGAGAUGA